AUGUCAAAAGUACCACUCUCAAAGUGUUGUCCAGAAGACCCCCGGAGUUUUCAGGGCAGGGAUCUUGUAACAAGCGAGGCCACAAGACUUGAUGGAGGCCGGUCCUGGGGCGGGGGACCAGAACUGAGUGUGGAGGCGAGGAAAGUGUGGGAGAAGGGCCAGGAUAUCCUGAACGGGGCCCCACGAGUGAACAGCAUGGCAAACACAAGAGUGCAGAGGCUGGAACGGGCGGGCGAGGAAGGGCGCAGGAGCCCCACGCCACAGGGCGGGGCAGAAUCAGCCGUUGAGGGGCAGUUAGGGGCUGUUGGGAGCUUGCUGAGAUGUUCCAAAGUCCCUCCGGGAUCCCAAGGACUCAAUCCUCAACCCAAAUUGCUAGUCAUGAUGUUGGAUCAGAGAAUCCCCUGGCUCCAGAUCCUGGCCUUUAUGGCCGCACAGUCAUCACUUGCGCAGCUGCCCCAAAUACCACCAAUCACGGAUCCCAAAUUUAUCGAGGAUUGUGUCAAAAUCCACAAUGAGCUGCGGGCUAUAGUUAACCCGACUGCUGGAAACAUGAAAUACAUGACUUGGGAUGCCAGUUUAGCAAAGACUGCCAGAGCAUGGUCAAAGAAAUGUGUUUUUAAACAUAAUGUUCAUAUAGGCAAGAGACAUGCAUGCCAUCCUCUUUUUAAAACUGUAGGAGAAAAUUUAUGGAUGGGCAUACUGACCAAAUAUGUUGUCAGAAAUGCUACUACAGAUUGGUUCAAUGAAGUAAAAUAUUUUGAGAUGAGCGACAAUACAUGUUCGAGAGUCUGUGGCCAUUACACUCAGGUUGUCUGGGCCUCUACCUAUAAAGUUGGCUGUGCUCUUAAAAUGUGUCCUAAUUUAGGAAAACAUGUUGUAAUGUUUGUGUGCAAUUAUUCACCUGAAGGAAACUUGGUUGGAACGAGACCUUAUGCAAAAGGAGUAUCAUGCACUUAUUGUGAGGAAGGAGAUACUUGUGAAAAUAAUCAAUGCAAUUACCCAUAUUGGAAUCCAAGUUGGGAAAUUCCUCGUCGAAUUACAUGUAAUCAAUUCUGUCAAAUCUGUGUGUCGUUUAGAUUGGUAGGAAUUGUAUUUGCAAUUACAGGUGUUUAUAUACUACAAAAGAAAUUUCCGAACAUGCAAUUAAUGGCUUAG